AUGCCUUAUCCCAUACAACUGGGCUUCCAAGACGCCACAUCACCUAUCAUAGAAGAAUUAACAUACUUUCAUGACCACACACUAAUAAUUGUAUUCCUAAUUAGUUCACUAGUACUAUAUAUUAUUAUUCUAAUACUUACAACAAAAUUGACUCACACAAGCACAAUAGACGCUCAAGAAGUAGAAACUAUCUGAACUAUUAUACCAGCCGCUAUUCUAGUACUCAUUGCCCUACCCUCCUUACGCAUCCUAUAUAUAAUGGAUGAAAUCUACAACCCAUAUCUAACAGUAAAAGCUAUAGGCCAUCAAUGAUAUUGAAGUUACGAAUAUACUGAUUACGAAGACCUAAUAUUUGACUCAUACAUAGUUCCAACCCAAGAUCUAGCCCCCGGCCAAUUUCGACUACUGGAAGUUGAUAAUCGAAUAGUUCUACCAAUAGAAUUACCCAUCCGUAUACUCAUCUCAUCAGAAGACGUACUUCACGCAUGAACUGUGCCAUCCUUAGGAUUAAAAGCCGAUGCUAUUCCAGGACGACUAAACCAAGCCACCCUAACAUCAACUCGCCCAGGAGUCUUCUAUGGUCAAUGUUCAGAAAUCUGUGGCUCCAAUCACAGUUUCAUGCCCAUUGUCCUAGAAAUAACAACACUAAAAUAUUUUGAAAAAUGGUCUUCUAUAAUGCAAUCAUUUUUAAGA